UUCAGACUUCUACGUCUCUAAUUAUAGACCUAUCAAAACAACAACAAAUAAUGUGCUCUCUAAUCUUGUAAGGCUAUGUUUGUAAACAAAAUGCGAAAGAUAUAAGGACCCGUGAGCGGCUCCCCCAUUUCCCAGCUGCUGCUGUAUUUUGCUCAGCUGGAGUCGGAAGUAGUGAUCAGUUCCGAAUUCUGUGUAACUUCCUGUCUAAAUGUCAGAUCAAGCGACAGGUUUGAUGGCUAAAUAAAUUCCUUAUCCCUGCAUGCAAGCGGCAUAUAAACACGCGUAAAAAACCUGUUCCGCAGUCGGUGUGUGUGUUCGUCCCUCAAGAGACUAGCAAUGGCGCAGAUAUCCUCUCCUCUGGCAGGCGUUGUUCAGCUUAUCAGCAUUCUAAUCGUGUUUGCCCAUGCAACAAAUGGUGCUAUGUUUUGUUUUUCGAAACGCAUCGAAAGUGAGAACCGCUGCACGGUUCAUCUUGCUCAUAACCUGAGUAGCCCUGUGAACUGCUGCGUAGCUUAUCCAAAUGCGUAUUACGUUAUCACCAACACUUCACAUCUGACACCUGGUUCAAGGGAUCACAAAUUGUACAUGGAACGUUUGAGGUUUUUUGGAGCCGACAACUGUCUUGCGUCGUGUAGAAAAACUGUUGAUACCUCAAGCCUCUCUUCAAAGGGAAAAAAGCCGUGCAGAGUGAAGCACCAACUGCGUCCAUUAUGUUCGACAGAUUUGUGUACGUACAGAAAUAAGUGCGAAUUCGAGGAAGCUCAGAAAGGAAGACCUGAAAUUGAGGUGGCUUAUCGCGGGAGGUGCCAAACCGGCUGCACCAACGUUACUUGUCGAAAGAAUCGUACAUGUGUUUUAGACAAAUACAAGCGUGCAUUCUGUAUUAAGUGCAAUUAUCGGUGUGGCUCAUAUAUCGGCGGAAAAGUUUGCGGGGCUGAUGGCUUUACAUACCAAAGCAACUGUCAUCUCAAACAGAAGACCUGCGAAAAAGGGACGACAAUAGGUGUUGCAUACAAGGGAGAAUGUCAAGUGGGUGCUACAUGUGACAAAAUUAACUGCGGAAACAAGCUGUGCGUGCAGGAUCAUCAAGGGCAACCUCGAUGUGUUACUUGUAAAUGUCAGGAGAGCAAGCCAAUUGAAUGUGCGGGGUCUGGAACCUCCAUGCCUACUGUAAUCUGUGGCUCUAAUGGAGUAACUUACCAAAACUUCUGCAAACUGCGAGAAGACAUGUGUAGUCAAAAGAUAUUCAUCGAUAUAAAAUAUCAGGGAUAUUGCAAAGGAAAGACGCCAUUUCCUCCCCCGCCAAAAGACGAGGUAGCAAAGCCUGUAGCCACUAGGAAUCCACUUGCAAAGCCAGUGGGGGACGACGUGAGCAACUACUACAUCAGCCUGAGAAAUUUAGUGGAUAUCUUGAGGAAUAAUUAUCCAUUGAAUAUAACAACGCCUAAGUUCAAGAAACUCCGAAAACACGAAAAGAAGAUAUCUGUAAUUAAGCUUUUGGAGCAAAUCAAAACAAAGUGGAGGAUGGUAAAGAGGUCUCCUUCUCCUUAAAGCUUUGGUUUCUCGCGAGGCCGACAUUGCUGAAUGGGUUAAAGGACAUUUCGAAAUUACGCGGUUUUGUGAGGAGAACUGACUGAAAAGAAAAACUGUUAUGAUGCAAUCCCUACCCAUUUGGGGUAAAUCAUCCGAGAUGUGCAAGAAUGAUUGUAAUAGAUGCAGUGAAGUUUCUGAUCACAUUGGAUCAGCUACGCACAAUUUUCUAUGACGAAUAGUUUUUCCAUAAAAAUUUACUCAGUACCGCUUCCAUAACUUGCAGCUCAUAACUUGUACAUCGGGCGAUUUAACGAUAAAUAUACUUAGGCACUCUGAAUUCAUUUAGGCAACAAACCUUGUAACUGACGGAUUUUGACAUUGAGAGCGAAACCUACAAACUAAGAGCUCUCAAAUUCUACUCUCUAAUCUUUAGUUCAAAGCUCUUCCCAUAGUUCUAGUGUCUGUAGGAAAGGGCCUCAUAGAAAGACGUAUGCGCGUUUCACGAGACAAUGCCAAACAUUAUUCCUAGAGCUGUAAUCCUUUUAGUCAGCAUCGCAGGCUGUACUAGCGUUUCGUCAAAAACUUUUUUUACUUUCAUUAACACAGCGGUCAACAUCUGUCGGAGCGUGUGUGAAGUUUAAAACUGUCAAAAGGCGUCGUCCAUGCGGCAUCGUAAAAUCAAUACCAACAACAAAUAAAAACUAAGCUACGCCGACAACCCAAAGUAAAAUAUAUCGUUAUUUUCGCGUCUUUUUCCCGUAUAUUUUCAUUUAAAAGUUUGUACAGAAUACUUGCGCGCAGCUGGCCAAACAUUGAUUUAUUAGUGCAUGCCCGACUUUUGACUGCUGUUUACUUUACCUCUGUCCACAAAAUUUUUCAAGUUCUGUCAGAAUUUACUAUAUAUCUAUGAAAACAAAUAUAAUAUAAUAUCUUAAGGGUUUGCUGCCACUUGUCUGUGUUUCGGAAUUUACUGAAGGGGACACUUCGCUAACUCCGGGAUACGUUUGGAAGUCAGAAUGGUCCGCACAGAAAGUUGCGCAGUGUAAACUAAUAUAAUAUCUAAAUAGAAGCAGCAGCUUUAAGUGCUUUUAGGAUCAAUAGUUAUUACGCUGACACCAAAGGUGGGCGCCACGUAGAAUACUUUUCACCCAUGCACACGGUAUGUAGGACUCAUGCUAGUUGUAUGUGACUGUCGUCCAAUCCCAGAUGAAGCUCCGCAUCAGGGCAUGAGCCCACGAUGUCGGAAGGUCGAUUGGAAGAGGGGGGGACUAAAAUUUUCCCCUAGUCAACAGCCGAGAACAGUCGAGUGACAAACACACGAGGUGACCAAAGCAGCGCAAAAUUUAUGGCACCACGACUGAUGCAGGACGUAUCAAACUGAAACUGAAAACAAAGCAAAACUCGCUUUAUAACCGUACUUUGCACACCACUUGGAGGUGAAUAACGUUUGAUAAUAACCUCUGAGAUGGAAAGUGAACGAGCAAAAUAGAACAACUGCUUAUAGACUAUGAAUGAUAAUUAGGAUGGUAUGUACACAAGAAAUAAAAAUAGAUCAGAACAGCUUUGAACGUCUUUUAAUUUUACGUUACUGUUAAGAUGUUUUUACAAAGCUGAGAGCGAUCAUUUUAAAACUUGUCACACCUCAAACAAAUAAAUAACAACAAACUC